UUCAGAGGGUUUUGGCGAUCAGAGGGAGAGAGAAAGACGAGUUUUUGGUUUUUGUUUUCUGAGAGAGAAAAUGGGUUUUGUUUGAAGCAAAAGAAUUUUUUUAAAAAUAAAUUCCGGGAAAAUAUGGGAUAGAGAGAAUGGGAGAGGAAAAAGUGUGGAUGUGGUGAUAGAAAGAUAAAUUCCAGAUUCUUGUUUGAAUUCUCCGACAAUUACCGAUCUUGCAUUCGCCUGAAAGUUCUCCAGAAUUUGAUUUCUCGGUGUAAAGCUUUGAACUUUUAGCGAAAAAUCGUUGUGCAGAGGAGUUCAUAUUCUUGGAUUCUGAGAGUUGGCAGCUGGUGAAGUGUAUAUUUGUUGAAAGGAAUUGUUCCUCGUUCUUUGUGGUUUAUGUAAUCAUCGUGGUAUGAUUUUUGAGAUAUGGUGUUGCAGAAGAGGUUGGACUACGGAUUUAAUGGCUAUCAGGUGCCUGCCACUCCUCGAGCUACCAGAUCAGCAAGGAGGAGAGGUGCAAUUAGAAAGAGAGUUGACGACAAUUCAAUGGGUGCCUUUGACUUGUUGGCCACCAUAGCUGGCAAGUUAUUGCUCGAGGGAGAGAGUUCUCCUGCUUCCAGUCAUACGUCAAAAGAUCAGUGUGCAGGUACGAAGGAAAAUUGUCUGGAUGGUGACAAACCAUUGAAAGUGGAACCUUGCGAUCAAGGCAGCUGUGAUAGGAGAAUCCCUGUAUCUGAUCAUAUCUCACAAGGUCCGAAUCAAAGUUCGUGCUCCAAGGAGUCUCCUGUUCAUCAGAAUGAAAGUUCUGUUAUGACAACUUCCAAUUGCUCGGAGAGGUUUGCUUCUGAUAUUUUGGUGAGUGGAAAAUGCAAGAAUGAGACGGGAAGUUUUACUAGCAAAAUAGAAGCAGGCUCUUCUGGCUGCAGGGAGGCUGGUGAAUUUAAGUUAGAUGGUGAAGUUAAAACAUUAAUAAAAGAUGAGACCAAUAAGAGUGCGAAGGUGCUAAUUGGUACCGGGCCUGGUAUGUGCGGUUUAGAGGAUCCAGUGGUCUGGGAAGGGGAACCUCCUGCACUAGUUAGUUCAGAUAGUAGUACCAAGGUGCCUAUGUAUGUAGACCAUAUUCCUCAGAGAUCUUUCCCCACUAGCCGGGAUGAUGUAAAAGUAGUUAGUAGAGAUGAUGACGAAAACUCCUCUGGGUGUACUCACCCUGUUACCUCAAUAAAGUAUUCAAGGCCAGCGCCAUCGCGUAUUGGAGACCGACGAAUAAGGAAAAUAUUGGCUUCGAAAUAUUGGAAAGUGGCUCCGAAGUUGAAGGAUGAUAUACAUUCUAAUUCCUGUAAGUGGCUGCCUUGUACUAAAAGAAUGUAUAGGGAUCAGAAACCAAAUUACCACAAUAGGAAGAAUUGUUACAAACGUCAAAGAUCUCAAAUGAAUAUUCCUUUUAAGAAGAGGAAGCUUUUCGACCGUAAUGCAGUUCUGAAUAUUGAUGAAGGUAUUAGUAGAGAGGGCUUCUUUGACUCCCGUGGUAAGGGAAUCACUGGAGAUGCUUCAUGUUCAAAGAUGCAAGGAGCCGCUAUGAAAUCUUCUUCGCUAGCAGGUCAACACUCUUCAUUCCAAUCAAGGAGUUCUCACGUGAAGCUCAGGAUCAAGUCUUUUAGGGUGCCCGAGCUAUUCAUAGAGAUCCCGGACACUGCAACUGUUGGUUCAUUGAAGAAGACGGUUAUGGACGCAGUGACAGCAGUACUUGGAGGUGGAGUAUGCGUUGGUGUACUUCUUCAGGGAAAGAAAGUGAGAGACGACAAUAAAACUUUACAGCAGACAGGAAUUUCUCAAGAUAACCAGCUAGAUUCCUUGGGAUUUACCUUGGAGCCUAACCCUUCCCAAACCCCUCCACCUCUAUGUUCUGGGGAUUCUCCCCGUAUGCUUCCUUGCAAUGUACUUCAGCCUUUAACAAGGUAUCCAUCCGGUCCUACCAGUGAAGCCUCACCUGAGCCUCAUACGGCCAGUUUAGGGAACUUCAUCGAAAGUGAUCAUGAUUCAGCACCCUCUCCAACUGAUAUGUCUGCUGAGAAAAGCACAACAGAUUCUAAAGCCCUGGUUGCUGUGCCAGAUAUGAGUGUAGAGGCACUAGCUGUGGUUCCUGGGCACAGGAAAUCAAAGCGGUUUGAUAUUGGGCAGCGCCGAAUCCGUCGACCAUUCUCUGUUGCUGAAGUGGAAGCACUUGUCCAAGCGGUUGAGAAACUUGGCACUGGAAGGUGGCGUGAUGUUAAGCUACGAGCUUUUGAUAAUGCUAAGCAUCGAACAUAUGUGGAUUUGAAGGAUAAGUGGAAAACACUCGUACACACGGCAAGAAUAUCUCCUCAACAAAGGAGGGGAGAACCUGUCCCCCAAGAGCUCUUGGACAGGGUCCUAACAGCCCAUGCAUACUGGUCCCAGCAGCAAGCCAAACAACAGCUCAAACAGCCCGAGACUUGCCUUCUCGUCUGAAAUAGAGCUCGAAAAAGGCGGUCACAUGUUGAACAAAAAUAGAUUUAUUGGUUUUUAGAGGGGGUAUGUCUAGGUGUCUGAUUUUUUUUCUUCUUUUUGUAUCUUUGUUAAUGAUGUAAAAAGUAUGACAAGAAGCACAAGUUGAAGAAAGUUUAUGUAAUAUCGGUCUGUUGCUCUCGGCCACGGUACUUUCCCUGCUAGGGGAGGCUGGCCCCUGUAAAUGGUUGACUGAAUAAGAAGAGAGAUUGCUGACAGAAUUCUUUUGAAACCCAAA